AUGACAAUCUUACAAAAUAAUAGAUUUGUUAUCAAAUUUAAUAAUGAGGUGACAGGGAAUUUUAUUAGGCUACCAAGUAGGGUCGCCGAUGUCAUAUACUCCAGUCAUGUAGAAAUUCAAAGAUUUAGAUUCAAAUUAAACGAGCAAUGGUACUUUUCAUGGGAUGGUUUUGAUUCAAGUAAUGAUAAAUGCAUUGAAAUUAACCCUGUCUUGGGUAAGACCUUGGGGUUUACAACUGAUCAAUCAAUUUUAUUUGAGGUGGAACAAUUCGAUGCUCUAAAUUCGUUAUUGUCCGAGGUCCAUGUGAAACCUUUGAGCAGUGAUGACUGGGAAAUCGCAGAACAACAUAGUAGUUAUUUGCAAGAAGAAAUACUGAAUCAAACAAAGAUUGUUAACCUAGGUGGAAUCCUUGUAUGUUACGUUGGAAAUAAUGUAUGCAGGUUGCGAGUUGAGACAUUGAUCCCAAAGAAGCUCCAAGUUGGUUUGAUUGGCGACGGUUCGUUAAUUAUUGUUGAACCUAUUGAGAAUAAGUUACGAAGCACAAAAUUAAACAUAAAAUCAGAAGCAGUAACUCUCUCUAGCAAACGUUUACUAUGUUGGAAUAUGGAGACUAACUCACACUCGAGUCUGGUGUUGGAUAAAGGAACAAAUAUGUACAUGAAUAAAGGUGAAAUAAUAAGUGAAUUUGGCUAUGUCUCUAUUAUUGGGAAUAAGAUAGAGAAGGAAUCUCCCCAAGUUAAUGCACAUAAAGUAAGCGAGCACAGUACGUCAGUUUUAAAAUACUCAAAACGAGUCGCUGUUCGCAUAUUACCAUUAGAGACUGAACAAGUGAAUAAAUUACCUGCAUCUCAUAUCUUAUUGGGUGAUGCUGUUUGGGAUUCCUUAGGUAUCAGCCGUGGACAAAUCCCAAACAAUGGCACACGAAUCAACGUCGAGUAUGUUAAUAAUUAUGAGACUCCAAAUAAAGUAUCGCAAGCGGAUUCAAGGAUUAUAUUCCAUUUUUUUAAUGAUGAAGGAGAUGAUAUAGAGUGCACGAUCGAUAAUAUAUUAAAAUUACAAUAUUUGACAAACAUGCAAUUGUUCCGGAAAGAAAGAGCUUUGGUAGAAGUAUUCAACGGCGGCGGUACCCAUCUUAAGUAUAUUGAUCUAACACAGUUGAGCAAGAAUGAGCUUUCUAUUGAAAAAAGAUAUAAUUGUGAAGUUUCUGCCAAGAUUGGACCAGAACAGAAGAGCGGCAGAAUUGAGGACACCUUUACCUUUGUGAAACUGGACGAUACAAUUGACAAAAUCGUUGCCUACUUGCGCAGGCGUGUAGUAGGAAGUCCUGCUAUUGUCAUCGAAGGUUCUCUGGGUGUUGGUAAAACAUCACUUCUACUAGAGGUUAGUUCGGUUCUAAGAUCAACAAGUGGAAUGCAUGUCAUAUUUUUUGAUUGUGAGACGUUGAAUGAUAUGUUUAGUUACGAAAAGAUGCAAACAUUUAUCUCUAAUCAGUUAGUAAGCCUGUCUUAUUGGUAUCAACCAAGUGUGGUGGUUCUAGACAAUGCAGAAUUUUUGUUUAGUAGAGGAAAUGGAAAUGGAACUGGUGGCGGAGGAAAUACUAGUAGUAACGGGAAUAGCUUGUCGGACAAACUAACAUUACUUCUGCUUCAUGAAAUUAUACGUAUUACAUCAAAACAAGCAGGAUCUAUCAAGGUUAUUUUUUCGACCAAACGUAAGGAUCUAUUGAACAAUUAUCUCUUUGAAAAACAUUUUGUAAGCAAAAUUUGGUCAUUGAAAACUCCAACCAAAAGGGCUCGUAAAAUGUUAUUAGAUUCCUUAUUACCAGAACGUGGGAUUAAAUUAUCCUCAGAUAUUACUACCAAUGAUAUGAGCAUGGAUAUGGAAGGUUAUUCUAUCUUAGACAUCAAGAAUCUUGUAGAGAGAUUACUCUGUGGAGUCAUGUUAAAUGGGAAGCAAACUGUCUUGGACACUACUCAAUUCCAAGAGAUUAAUAACGGUUUUGUUCCGGUAUUCUUACAAGGGGUAGAUAAAGCCUCUUCCUCUUCUCACCCACAACAAGUAGGUUCUGAGCAAUCAUGGAACAAAAUAGGAGGACUUGUAGAGGCCAAACGUAUUCUAUUGGAGACACUCGAGUGGCCUGUCAAGUAUGCCCCUGUGUUUAGUCGUUCUCCCUUACGAUUGCGUUCUGGUUUAUUAAUCUAUGGCUACCCAGGCUGUGGUAAGACUUUAUUAGCAAAUGCAAUUGCACGCGAAUGUGGUGGAUUGAAUUUCUUACCUGUCAAGGGACCUGAGAUUCUAAAUAAAUAUAUUGGUGCCAGUGAACAAAAUGUGCGUGAACUAUUUGAAAGAGCUCAAUCCUUGAGACCCUGUGUAUUAUUCUUCGAUGAAUUUGAUUCUGUCGCCACAAAGCGUGGUCAUGAUUCCACCGGUGUGACGGAUCGUGUAGUGAAUCAGCUACUUACACAAAUGGAUGGUGCAGAACAACUCGAGGGUGUGUAUGUUGUUGCUGCUACGAGUAGACCUGAUUUAAUCGAUCCGGCACUGUUAAGACCAGGUAGAUUGGAUAAGAGUGUUUUUUGUGAUGUGCCUGAUUUUGAUGCAAGAAUUGAUAUAUUGAAAAGGUUACUUGGUGAAGAGAUCUUAAAUAAAGUUUCUCUUGAUGAUUUGAAACACAUAGGGGAACUUACAGAUGGUUAUAGUGGAGCAGAUCUACAGGGACUUUAUUACAAUGCCUAUUUACGUGCAGUACAUCGUCAACUUUCAUCACUAAGUGCCAAAGGAAAUACUGUACAGACCAACGAUAUGUCAGAAGAAUAUACGGUUCUUUCACCAGAGAAUGACGAUUCCAAUGAACUUGAUGAGAUAACGAUGAAGAACAUAAUUUUGCAGUCAUCACAGAGUAGAAAUGACAACGAUAAACAUACGUCUGACAACAACAACAACAAUAGUAGUAUAGGCGCUACAUCAUUAUCAUCAUCAUCAUCAUCGUCAUCAUCACCACUUGAUAUUACUGUAGAGGAUUUAUUGAUAUGUUGCAAAGAGACUCGUGCUUCCAUUUCACCUCAUGAACGUGCUAAACUCAGUGUCAUAUAUAGUGAGUUUCAAGGUAACAGUCGUCCCGCUGAAUUACAUGAUGGAGAAAUAGAUCACAACCCAGGCACCAGACUUACUCUAGCAUAG